CAAACCAAAUGUCAAAUCUCAGCUUGGAAAUUUUUUUUGUUUUUGUUGUAAAUUGUUUCACUACCGAUCCAGAUAUCCAAAAAGCCGUGAAAUAAUACCUCAGAAUCAUUAAAAGGACGAUCCAUUCAUAUUUAUAUAAAGCGCAAGUGUGUCCUUAAAAAGCAAUUAAAGCUUAGCAACUGUGUUUUACAAGAAGAAGAGAAAACCAGCAGGCCAAACAUGUUUUGAUGACGCGCACGACUGAUAACACAUGUCAACAAAAGUGUAAUCGUCGCUAGCAGCUGUUUGUAGUUAGGAAAGAAAGUUUUAACUCACCUUUAAACAUCAAUUCGAUCGCCUAUCGUAGUCAUGUUCCGGCGGGUAGCGCUAGCUAUUACGCUGAUAUUCUAUGUACAGGCUGCUGAAGAUUGGGCAGGACAAUGGUUUCCCAAUGCACCAAAAGCACUUGCCUUGGAGGCAGGUGGAACCGAAACAGUGAAAACAGUGGCCAAUGAACUUCCGGUAGACGAAGUCAAGCAGAAAAAAUCGUCGCGAGUUGCCAUGGGAAUUGAAAAUCCGGAUUGUGAUGAUGCGAAGCACGGUCUGGCGAUGGAUUUCGAUCCGUACAAUGUGACGCAUUCUACAGUUUAUAUGUGUCUAGAGCCGAAAGCGGACUACAAAGGCGAUUACAACAUGGAUGCUGUUAUCACGGAACACAAUGUACCGUCUGCGUACGUGGCCGAUCAUCGGUGUAUGAACAGUAGCAUAGAAUAUGUGGAACGGAUUCCUACUUAUGGAACGCACCGUCCGCUUUGGCCGAAGUAUGGGGAAUACAAAUAUGUUCCUCCACAGCGAUGGCUACACAGUAGUGAGCACGGGGCAGUAAUUGCACUCUACCAUCCAUGCGCCAAUAAGCAACAAGUGGAUGAAUUAAAGCAUAUAGUAAAGGAUUGUCUUUAUCGGCACGUGAUAACACCUUCGCAGCUCCCAAACAAAGACCGUCCAUUUGCACUCGUCACUUGGCACGCAACGCUGGAGUUUUCUGUACUCGAGCGUACCAUUGUGGAAUCGUUUAUCGAAAAAUAUGCAUUAAAGGGACCGGAACAGACACACCGCGAUGGCCAAUACGAGCAUCUAUUACUGGAAGCAGCUAAACUGGUAUCAACGAUUGAUGAUAGUGUCCUAUGUCCUAAGAAACAACGAGACUAAUCUUCUUAUAGCAUUUUAGCGAAAGAAGAUACACAUUGCUUGUCAUUUGUCGGGUUUUACAAAACUUUCAAAUCGAUGUACGCUCUAUGUGAUAUCUAUAUUUUAACAUAUAUGGUGCAAAUGCAGAAUCAGAUCUGAAGGGCAGAUAGGGAUAUGAAUACAUUUCAAUACACAGCGUUUCAAACAAUUAAA